UCAGGAGAGAGGACCCCCCACACCGCUCCCUGCAGCACAGCUCCCCGAGUAGCGCAUAGGGACCCACACUGACGCCGGGAGUCUGUCUCUGUCCCAGCCCUGCCAUGGCGCGUGAAUACUUCACCCACAAGGGAGUGCUGUUCCCACGCCUGGAUUAUUCCCCCGAGAAGCUGAGCUACGUGGAGGAUGAAUUCCAGGUGCAGGACGACGACGUCUUCAACAUCACCUACCCCAAGUCAGGCACUAACUGGAUGCUGGAGAUUCUGAGUCUGAUCCGUUGUGGCGGGGACCCCGGCUGGGUGCACAGCGUGCUGAACUGGGAGCGGGCGCCCUGGGUGGAGAACCACCUGGGGCUGGAGGCUGCCCUGAAAUACCCCCCGCCCCGGCUGCUCUGCUCCCACCUCCCCGUCCAGCUCUUCCCCAAGUCCCUGCAGCGCUCCAAGGCCAAGAUCAUCUACACCCUGCGCUGCCCCAAGGACGUCCUGGUCUCGCUGUACCACUUCUCCAAGCUGCUCCGCCUCUUCAAGGACCUUGGCUCACUGGACUCCUUCCUCGAGGACUUCCUGAGCGGGAACGUGGCCUACGGCUCCUGGUUCGACCACGUCACCGGCUGGAUGGGGCUGAAGGGCAACGAGAACUUCUUCUCCAUCACCUACGAGGAGCUGCAGCAGGACCCGCGGGGCAGCGUGCGGAGAAUCUGCCACUUCCUGGGGAAGGAGCUGAGUGAGGAGCAAGUGGCCGCGGUGGUGGAGAACGCCUCCUUCCAGAGCAUGAAGGGGAACAAAAUGUCCAACUUCUCCCAGCUGAGGGACGAGUACAUGGACCACCAGGAUGGGGAGCUCCUGAGGAAAGCUGAGUCCAGGCCUGGGCUAGCAGGGGGCUGCGAGCUGGGACUGAGGGGCACCAGCAGAGCUGCGGGGGCAGGGCUGGGGGGCAGGGGCUGUGGGUAGGGAGUGAGGG